AUGGCACCCAAUUUCAAGUCUCGGCUGAACCUUCGCCAAGGUCUCGACCGAGAUGUAUAUCAGAUCAUCAAGAAGAUGGAAGACAACAAUGACGGCAAGCCGUUCAAGAGCGUCAGCGCCGCAUACGAUGCCAUCAAAAAAUCCAACUCCAGCCUUAGCAGACAGAAGAAACGCCCGCUCGAAGACUCGAUAGACCGAGUCUUGCAAUUCCGUAAAGAGGAGUUGGACGAUUCAGAGGAUUCGGAAGCCGUCAUUGAGGAAAUGGAGUCGAAGAAAGUAGACGACGAUCGGUUUUUGCUAAACCGCCAAUUGACAAAGCACUGGCAUGUCGACUCUGCGCCCCAAGCCACCAAUGAGCAGCCUGCGGCCAAGAAACGACGGGUCCAGAUCGACGGCGAAGACAAGGACGGCGCAACAAGCGGUGUUGAUACUGCUACCGAGGCAGUAAUCAAUGGCGAUGCAGUAAAGGAUACAGCGAAGGCUGAAAGACAAGAGAAAGCAAUACAAAAGAAGUCGCCCAAGUCUACCCGCUUCAAGGUCGAGCAAUUGGAAGAGCCACUACCGCUGGGAGGUGUUGGCGAAAUGCACCGCCAUUUGCUUCGCCAAACAAGAUACUUGCUCAAGUGCCCAGAGCUCUACGAAGGAAAUGGUUGGAGAAGAGUGCCCGGAAUGCUCCUGUUUGGGCCUCCAGGGACGGGCAAGCGGUCACUUAUCCGUACAGUCGCGGCGAACCUCGACGUACCGAUAAUCACAUUAAACGGCUGUCUCGAGGAUCCGGAGCGCGUGGAGAAGAGCUUGACCGAGGCCUUUGAUACAGCCAUUGGCCUGGCGCCCAGCAUCGUCUUAAUAGAGGACCUAGAUUGGCACAUCCCGAAGCCGGGAGGCACCAACCACAACGAGCAUGGCAGAAAGGUGCUCAACCAAAUCACGCGACAGAUGCAAAGAGUUCAACAAGAACAAGCUAAUGUUCUUGCCAUGGCAACAACAUCAAGGUUAACCGACGUCGACCCCGUUGCGCUCGAAGCCGGCCUAUUCGAAAGAUCAAUCCAGAUGAGAGUGCCGGAUCAGGAUGCUCGGCAUGACAUUCUCAGAGUGGUAACGCGAGACAAGCAACUAUCUGAUAGCCUGGAUCUUGCAGAAGUAGCAAAGAUGACACACGGCUUCGUUGGCGCAGACAUGGUCAUUAUCACAACCUUGGCAGAGCAGGCAGCUCAGGAGCGAAUCUUCAACACAGAGGACCCAGAGGGACGACAGCUAGAGCUCCUUACCCGACCUCCCCGCAGAGACGACAUGGAUAUAUCAGACGACAUGGAUAUAUCAGACACCAUCUCAUUAGAUCUGAGACAGCCAGCAUUUACAACACUACCUAUAGAGCCUUUGACGCUCGCCGACUUCCGGCUUGCCAUCAAGGGCUUCACGCCUUCUCUCCGAAGAGAAGGCUUCACCGUGAUCCCCAGCGUCACCUGGGACCAAGUCGGCGCCCUGGAAAACGUCCGCGAGCAGCUACACAUGUCCAUCAUUGGCCCCAUCAAGAACCCAGAGCUCUACCAGGAAUUCGGUCUCAGGCGUCCUGCUGGCGCACUCCUCUGGGGCCCCCCCGGAUGUGGUAAAACGCUCGUUGCGCAGGCCGUCGCCAACGAGGCACAGGCCUCCUUCAUCCUCAUCAACGGACCCGAACUGCUGAACAAAUACGUCGGCGAGUCCGAGCGGGCCGUGCGAGAGCUCUUCCAGCGCGCUCGCUCCUCAACGCCCUGCAUCCUCUUCUUUGACGAAAUCGACUCCCUCGUGCCCCGUCGAGACAACGCCUCCACCGACGCUGGCGUCCGCGUCGUCAACGCUCUGCUCACAGAGCUCGACGGCGCCCAAGAUCGCUCAGGGAUCUACGUCAUGGGCACGACCAACAGGCCCGACAUGAUCGACGCCGCAAUGCUCCGACCGGGCCGCCUCAGCGUGCGCCUCUUUGUCGAUCUCCCUACCCCUGACGAGCGCGCAGACAUCCUCCGCGCAAUCUACAAGACCGCCCACACCAACGCCAGCGAGGCCGAGUUGGCCAGGCUCGCCGCCGUAGCUCUGGAUCCGCGCUGUAAGGACUUUAGCGGCGCUGAUCUCGGCGGGCUGCACAUCAAGGCGGCGGAGUGUGCGCUGAGGAAAUUCAUGCUGGGCAAGAAGACGGCGCGGGAGAUUGACGAGGAGGACUGGGAAUAUGCGCUGGAGAAUACGCGGUGCAGCGUGCUGAACCCGGACUCGUAUAGGAAGCUGGAUAGGAAGCUUGGAAAGGGGGAGUAG